AUGGCUCGUCGCCGGCCGAUCGCGAAGAGAGCGACGGCGCCGGCGGCGAGUUCCCUUGAGACGGCGCCACCAGCUUCUCCGCCUCCGCUCCAGGCCCCGCCCAACACGCCUUCCGGGGUGAGCCAGCCUCCGCCGAUCCUUGUGCCGCCCGAGCGGAGGCAGCCGGUGCUGCUCACCGGGCCUCCGCGUUCUCGUGGCGCGCUGUGCGCGGAAGUGGCCGGCGGCACGGCGGCGGACUGCGCGGCGGUCUGCUGCUGCUGCCCCUGCGGUAUCUUGAACCUGCUGCUGCUGGCGGUGGUGAAGUUGCCGGCAGAGAUGUGCCGGCAAGCUUUUCUGAAACAAAAGAAGAAGAUGAAUGCGGCCACCGCGGAGAGGAGAAGGAAGAGCGGGGGCGGCGGGAGCAGCGCGAUCACUCGGUUGGGCCUCCUGGAGCCAAAGAUCGGGAGCGCGGAGGACGAUGAGAAGGACGAUGUACGGAUCAUCUUGGGCAGCGGACAGAUGGUUCUAGGUCCAGGAGUGAAGGGGAUGCUGCUGGGGUGGCCGGCCGACAAGUCGCCGUCGGUGGAGGUCUCGGAGAUGGACAGGGAGAUGUGGUCCCACUUCUACGGCGCUGGAUUCUGGCGGAGCCCCUCCCAGAGGGACGCCUGA